AUGGCCAAGCUGUUUGAAGAGGUCUUCCAACCAGGAGGCCAUAGCCGGCCGUUGAUCGGAAGCUCUGGAGACAUCCUCCUGGUGAUUACAGAUCCCAGAGAUCCCAUGACGGAAGGCGGACCGACGAAGCAGAUCGACUCAGAUUUUUUUUCCCAAUAUGUGAAAGUCUCCCAUCGGCCCCUGGAAAUCCAGAAGUUCGAGCUGCCAGAUGCCUUGCAGCAUCCGUACUUCUACAAGAUGCUGAGCUGCUUGGCGUUUCGGUGGGUGAUGAACUCCCAAUGUUCCGAGACGCCCUUGAGGGAAGGCAUCACCCGCGAAGCCUUGAUCUGCGAGCCCCGCACAGAGUUCGUGGAGCUUUUGCGCUUCAUCUACACGAAUCAAGUCGACAUCAACGAGCACACAGUAGUGGGUCUGUAUUGUAUUGAUGAAGUUGUCAACCUGUGCCUCAAGUACGUCAAGGACAUGUUUUUCACCUUCUACGACAUCACCACUCUCAACUCCACCUACCAAGCAAAACUCAAGGUGCGAAAUACUUUCCUGGACAUCGAGGACACCCCGGAGCCCGGCGAAAUCGUCCGUUCCAAGACUGCGCCGCCUGCGAGUGGUAACUGGGACUUGGACGACUCUGACGAAGAGGAAGAGGACGAGCAGCCAACAGCUGAUGCCUCUCCGACAUCGCCGGGAGAUGAUUCUGUCAGAGACGAUGGGGCAUUGUGCAGAACGGUCACUCACGAGUGGCUGGAGGAACCAAUGCAAUGGGGAUGGGUACCCAAGGAUGCAGGCAAUGUGCAGACGGUAAGUGGGCAGGCGCCAGAGGCAUCAGCUGCUUCACAAGGAACUGGCCACAUGCCAUCCUACCAGGCAGCCAUGCCCGCUGAUUCUUUGCAGCAUCCACAGCCUCAGCAAGUGCUGCAGCAGAUGCCACAAGGACAGAUGCUCCAACAGGGGCAGAUGGCCUCGCAGAUGCCGCAGAUGCCCCAGGGGCAAAUGCCUCAGGGGCAGAUGCCGAUGCAGAUGGUACUAAUGCCAGUGGCCAUGGCGCCGAUGGGUCAAGGUGCCCCCGGUGCCAUGACUUCGGGCUAUGGCGCGACCGCUCCCCCGGGCCCGGGCCCGGUGCCCGAAUUGCCGGUGCGGCAGCCGGACCGAGGAGCAAGGUGGCCAGCAGCAGCACCAGUCCCUGCUGGACCCAUGCCGCAGAACACCGUUACGGUGACGUCUGCGACGGUGCCGUCGCCACUACCGCAAGGGCCACCGACGGUUCCACAGCCACAGACACUUACCAGAGCCUUUAGCGUAAAAAGCGGUUUCUUCCGCGUGCAUUGGACCGUUGACGGUCGCAAGCUCCGCGGCAAUGAAAAGCAAACCGUGUCUCCACCCUUUGAACUUUCCUUCGGCCACAAGUUCCCCUCUGUGACGUUCAAGAUGAUGAUCUAUCCUGAGAUGGUCAAUGAGGGCAAGGGUGGCUCUUGCUUCAGGAAGUCCAAAGGAAGAGGUUAUGUGCAAAUCAAAUGCGAAGCCGAGUUGGAAGAAUCCGUGGCGUGGGUGUCAUUUCGAAUUUCCAUCGGCAGUGGCAGCAAAACUGUUGGGCCCCGCGGGCCGAGAUACCACAACUUCUCGCAGAGUGCCGUCACAGGUCUCGAGGAGGGGCCCACCAAAGAUGAACAUAUCUGGGACUUCACGGAAGUUCUGGACGAAGCGUCACAAACUUUUGUGCCUCGGACCUGGUGGAACCCUGGUGGGCAGUCGUCGAAGCCAGGAAGGGCCGAAAUCAAAGAGCGCUUGAUUCAGAGCGCUUGA